AUGUCGCUUGCAUUCAGAUCAUUGAGAAGCGGUUUGGCGUUGAAGAACUCUGCCAGAGCCUUGACCACUUCCUCUUCGGCUCUCUCUUCCUACCAGCAGCCAGACUUUUCGUCUUACCUCAGCAACAGAGGCGACCAAAAGACCAAGAACUUCACCUACUUCAUGGUUGGCUCGAUGGGUUUGUUGUCUGCUGCGGGCGCCAAGUCCACUGUGGAGGCUUUCCUCUCGUCCAUGUCUGCCUCUGCCGAUGUUUUGGCCAUGGCCAAGGUUGAGGUCAAGUUGGGCGCCAUUCCAGAAGGUAACAACGUCAUUGUCAAGUGGCAAGGUAAGCCAGUUUUCAUCAGACACAGAACACAAGAUGAGAUCGAUGAGGCUAACCAGGUGGACAUCAAGGCUUUGAGAGACCCACAAACCGACGAUGACCGUGUCAAGAAGCCAGAGUGGUUGGUGAUGUUGGGUAUCUGCACCCACUUGGGAUGUGUCCCUAUCGGAGAGGCUGGUGACUUUGGUGGAUGGUUCUGCCCAUGUCACGGUUCCCACUACGAUAUCUCUGGUAGAAUCAGAAGAGGCCCAGCUCCUUUGAACUUGGAAAUUCCUCAGUACGAGUUCUCCGACGAGGAAACCUUGCUUAUCGGUUAA